CCUGACAGCCCUGGACAAACUUACAAACAAGUUGACAGCUGGGUUGCCAGGGCAAACAAAAUGUGCUUUUCAACCUCUUUGCGCCAUCGAUCAAAUUUAGUUGUUAUUUUCGAUUCAACCAUAGUAUACUUCACAAUAUGUCCUACCAAAACUGGCUGAACUACCUGCAGUCGGCGGAGAAAAACUCCAUGAUCAGCGGCCGGCUGCGCAAGGUGCUGUACAAGUUUCCGGACGGACAGCAGAUGGCCGAGGAGUACAACAUGGACACGGGGAUCAUUCAGCGCCGGGCCUGGCGCAAAUGUAAGCAACUGAUGGGAGAGCCGGAGUGGGAGAUCGAACUGGGAGAAGAGCCGCGACAACUGAAUUGGUCGGGAAACAAACAGACUGGACCUGGAGGUGAUGCGGAUUCCCUAGCCGGAAGCGAGUUUACCGUGAGGGAAAGCAACACAGCUCCUCUGCUCACCAAGAGGGUGACCAAGAAGAACAUCGAGUGGCGCAUCCGAAACAUGCCAUACGCCUUGGAGGUGUACAAUGUCACCGCUAGCCCGGAACAGCGAGCCAUCAUUGUACGCACUACCAAUAAGAAGUACUACAAGGUGAUACCGGUACCAGAUUUGGAUCGUUGUGGAGUGGCUCCCGCGCAGGAUAAUAUCUCAGUGCACCAUCAGUUCAACACCCUAAUUAUUACAUAUAAGAAACCAGACAUCCUAUGCGAAAUGGAGGCGCAGGUUUUGCUGUUACUGAAAAAUGUAGAAACCGAAACAGACAUGGACGAUCUGCUGAAGGGCCUAAUGGCCAAAUAAAAGUCUAGUCUUGUUAUGGGUUAAGAA